CUUCGGGAGGUGCCAGGUACCAAGCAGCUUCUUCGUCCAUCGGGGGCCAGAAAAAAAAAAAACCUAUAAAACCUAUCGCCUUCAUCCCUCCUUUGUUGUUCUCCAUCCCACCUCAGCCCUUACAGCUUCCACAGCAACUCACCUUCUCACACCCUCCCCUCGCCCUCUACCUCCAACCCUAACCGAAAAUGAGAUUCUCCACCUUCGUCCCCGCCGUCUUGGCCCUUACCCUCUUCACCGCCACCCAGGCCUCGCCCUCUAUGAUGAAGCGCGACCGCAACGAUCUCGAUGCCGUCGUCAACCUAUUCGUCCGCGCCCACACCAAGGUCGCUGUCGAUGCCUGCGCUAAGAUCACUGCCGAUGUCUGCGCCGAUGUCGACAUCACCCUCGAUGCCAAGGCCAACGUCCUCGGUAGCCUCGUCACCGCCAAUGUCGAUGUUGAGAAGCUCCGCAUUAGCGCCAAGGCCCAACUCGACGUCGACAUCAAGGCCAAGGUUGACGCCGAUGUCAAGGCCAUCGUCAUUGCCCCCAUCAGGGCCUCGGUAGAGAGGGUCAUUAUCAAGCUUUGCCCCUUGCUUGAGAGGGAGUGCAUCAGGGCCAACGCCCACAACAUCGUUGCCAAGGUUAACGCCGACGUUGAUGUUUACAUCCACAAGCUUUGGGUCGCCCUCAAGGUCGACCUCCCUGCCCACAUCCGUCUCCGCGCCAAGGUCAUCGUCAAGGAGAUUUGCGUCCACGCCGGAAUUGUCGAAGCCGCCAUCAGGGCCCGCGUCUUCAUCGCCUCCAACAUCGAUGUCCACGUCAAGGUCUGGGCUAAGGUCUGGGCUACUCUCUGGGCCAAGGUCAAGCUCGUUGCCCUCAUCCGUGCUUUGUAAACCCCGAAAACGUCGCCAUCCCGUUUUUACAAUCCUUCAUCGGAUAGAGCUCAACAGUCCAUUCUUGCAUCUUUGCUAUUCCCAUAUCUUCAUAGAACGCGUACCUUAGUGCCAUCUUUCUGACACGCAAUCUACUCGACUAUCUAUCUUUUUCGCUUAUAUCUUCGUAUAUUUGCUAUUCUCAAUAAACGUAACUGUUUGGUCCAAU